UGGCCAUGCUGCAGUUUCACCCCCUCCGCCAUGUUUUAGGGAUCAGGCGACCUGCAACUGUCCCUUGCUAAGCAUGGAAGACUCGCGCUGCGAGGUGGAAAGCAUCUUGCAGGGCUUGUUGGUUCAACGCAACGGUCUCCCACGGGAAUGCUGGGCCCACUUUCUGCAGAUUAUUGGUGGCACAGAGCAGGAAGCACGUGCACUGCUGCAGGGCCAAGAGCCCCAGAUCAGCGUGAAGCAGUUUUUAGACCUUCUAUUUGAGCCAACACAUGCCAUGUCGGCCGUCGUGCCGAAAGGACAGAAAAGGGACAACACCGCAAGGACCAAUGACUUGAAGGAAUACUUCGAGACACACUACCGCGCAGGAGGUGAGUUUUGCCAUUCUGACUAUUUUGUUUUUGGUGAUGCUGAAGAUUGGACAUGGAUGCAUAGACCCACUGAAAUUCAGGUGUGGCGUGAUGCCAUUGACUUGUCUUCGGGUCAGGAUGGGCAAGUUUUUUUCCACUACACGAGUGAGCCUGGAUUCCGAAACAUCACGCACCCAAACAAGGAGGCAGCUGAGAUUUGGGCAUCUGUAAGAACGGAAGGGCCAAACGCCAAUACCUGGUGGGACAAGGGCAUCUAUAUUGUCUGCUUUCCUCCCGACCAUUGGCAAAGUCGUGAGCUGCUAAACAACCACUUCCGCAACAUGAUGCAGAAAGACGAAGAUAGUGAAGAUCCACAGAAAGUUCCAGCAUAUACGAGGGGGGCCUUUUGUGUCCCCAUCCUCAUCGAUCCGGUCAACGCCUUUGAUGUGUCAAUUAAAGCACUUCCAGACAUGGAGGCAGCCGGGAAGGAAUCGGUUGGGAACAGGCUCUUGAAGGAGCCGGGAAAGCUUCCUUGCUGCAGCGCAGUGCUCCAAGUCUCUGGUGAAGAUAGCGUUCAAGAUGCACGUGGACAAUUGCUGGAAACCCUGCGCCGCCGCGCGUGCUUCGCACCUGCGGACUUGGACGCCAAGUCCAGGCUCGCCUGGGUACUGCGAGCGCGUGGCUUCUCUCAAGAGGCAUUGCCUUUGGCACAAGAAAUACUGGCACUUUGUGAAUCAAGACAUGGUCCUGAGACCGCUGAAGCUUUGACAUGCCAGAGCAUGCUGGCCAAAAUCUUGUUCGAUCUGGGCAACUUUUGUGAAGCUGAGAAGCUGCAUCGACGAGUCCUUGAUGCGAGGACGAAGGCACUUGGUCCUGAACACAAAGAGACCGUCUCCUCCAUGGGUGAGUUGGCUGUCACCCUUUUUGGCAUGAACAAUCCUAGCAGUGACGCUGAAGCUGCUGAGUUGUAUCGUCAAGUUUUAAGCUUCCAAGAAAGGUGGUUGGGUACCAGUCAUCCUGCUACUUUGCAUACAAUCACUAACUUGGCUACUGCCUUGGCAGACAUGGGCAACCUUGGUGAAGCGACGGACUUGCACCGCACCGCUUUGGAGGCAAGAGAAAAGACAUUGGGCCCUGAGCAUCCUCAGACUUUGCAGUCUGUCAGCCAUUUGGCAGCGGCAUUACAUGUUAAAGGUGGGCUGCGCGAAGCUGUGGAACUGCAAAGGCGCGCUUUGGAAGCCAGGGAAAGGCACUUGGGUCCUCAACAUCCAAGAACCCGCAAAUCCCUCCAGCGGCUUGAGUCAAUACUGUGUGACAUGAUUAACAAAAGGGGGGAAACGCCAGGUGAAUUUGUGGAAUCGUGCCGCAAACUACUAGCAGCCAGGGUAAAGAUUCUGGGCUUGCAACAUCCAGAUACGGCGGCGGCCAUGGCGGUUUUGGCGCUCACUUUGACUGGGACUGGCCGCAGCACUGAAGCGGCUGAGUUGAAUCGUCAGGUCGUGGAAGUGAAAGAAAGCAGCCUCGGCGUUGACGACCCCGCUACUUUGAGCGCGAUCAACAACUUGGCUAGCACGCUGGCGGACAUGGGCAAUCUCCCCGAAGCAAUAGACUUGUACCGCAAAGUUUUAGAGGUCAGGAAAAAGAGGUUGGGUCCAGAGCACCCGCAAACUUUGCAGUCCGUCAGAGCUUUGGCAGUGGCAUUGCAUGAAAGACGAUACGUUUGAAUCAAGGUGCCACGGUCAAGUCUCUGCGUUCUGACAAACACCGACAACCUUCUCCAGCAUGUUGGAUGACAUGGGCAACACACGUGAACCUUCAGCGGAUGCGAAUGGAAAUGGACCCCUACGAAAAAGUUGACGACGCUGCGGUGCUGGCAAUGUAGUAAUCUUUCUAAACUGAUAAACGACAAUGCAUCAUGCUGCUUCGAGAUGGCUUCACCGCUCGCGAAAA